UGUCCCCCCAAAAUAAAAAUAAAAAAUAAGAAAAAUGGCUUUGUUGAUUUUCCGUUAUUAUAGUUACUGUUACAAGUAAAUGAACUGAGUCAACAGAAGCCAAAAUACUAGUUUCUGGGUAUUAAAAUUAAAUGAUCUUCGUCAUAUGAUGGAUUGAUCUACUUCUUCUUCAGUUACACAAAAAUGGGCGCAAUCUCCAUUUGGUGUGCCAGUUGUAAUCUGAGCAACAAGAAGCAAUCUUAUCCCAUUAUUCCGAAAGUGAGCGUCUCCAGCAAUAACAAGAGACGCACCGCUUUGAAGUCAGGAAAUUCAGAAUCCCAGAAGCCCUCCUCCUGCUCCAUCUUAGUCUCCGAGAAGCUCGGAGAAGCGGGACUCGAUUUGCUCCGUAAAUUUGGUCACGUGGAAUGCCUCUACAACCAAUCCUUGGAGGAAUUGUGUGGCAGGAUCGGGGAGUUCGACGCGCUGGUUGUUCGGAGCGGCACCAAGGUCACGCGCCGCCUCUUUGAAGCCGCCAAAGGGAGGUUGAAGGUGGUGGGCCGAGCCGGCGUCGGCAUCGACAAUGUCGACAGGCAGGCGGCUACCGAGUUUGGCUGUUUGGUGGUCAAUGCCCCCACCGCCAAUACCAUCGCCGCCGCCGAGCAUGGGAUUGCUCUGCUCACUGCCAUGGCAAGGAAUGUCGCGCAGGCCGACGCCUCCAUGAAAGCUGGAAAAUGGGAACGUAGUAAGCAUUUUGGUGUUUGUGUGGAGGGGAAGACUCUGGCGGUGAUAGGAUUCGGUAGAGUUGGAAGUGAGGUUGCAAGGCGUGCUAAAGGACUUGGAAUGCAUGUUAUUGCUCACGACCCUUACGCUCCCGCUGAUACAGCGCGUGGCAUUGGUGUGGAUUUGGUCUCUUUUGAUGAAGCUCUUUCCUCUGCACAUUUUGUGUCUCUGCAUAUGCCUCUUACCCCUUCAACUCACCGACUAUUCAAUGACGAAGCCUUCGCCAAAAUGAACAAGGGAGUGCGCCUCAUAAACGUUGCUCGCGGCGGCGUUGUGGAUGAAGAUGCUUUGCUUAGAGCCCUUGAUACUGGAAUUGUUGCUCAGGCGGCCCUUGAUGUGUUCGCAGAGGAGCCUCCCUUCAGAGAUGCCAGAUUGGCGCAACACGAGAAUGUGAUAGCCACUCCUCACCUUGGAGCUAGCACAAAGGAAGCGCAGGAACAAGUCGCGGUGGAGAUAGCAGAGGCUGUUGUUGGUGCAUUAAGAGGGGAGCUUUCUGCUACUGCCAUCAAUGCUCCCAUCAUAUCUCCUGAGGUUCUGUCUGAGUUGGGUCCUUAUGUUGCCCUAGCUGAGAAGCUGGGAAGAAUCGCUGUGCAGUUGGUUGUGGGAGGAAGUGGAAUCCAAUCAGUGAAGGUGGUGUAUGGUUCAGCUCGAGAUCCAGACAACUUAGACACUAGGAUUCUUCGAGCUAUGAUCACAAAAGGCAUCAUCGAGCCUAUCUCCGAUGCCCAUGUUAACCUCAUAAACGCAGACUUCAUAGCCAAGCAGAAACACCUCAGGAUUACUGAGGAAAAGGUGGCUACAAACUCUUCACUGGACCAACCUGUGGACUCCAUCCAAGUAGAGAUAAGUGGUGUCGAGUCGAGAUUUGAGAGCGCGUUGUUGGAUUACGGGAGGAUCAGCAUCCAAGGGAGAGUGAAGCUCGGGGCGCCUCAUUUGACCCAAGUGGGAGCAUUCAGCGUGGGCGUGAGCUUGGAGGGGAAUGUCAUACUGUGUCGCCAAGUAGACCAGCCGGGGAUGAUCGGACAAGUGGGAAACAUUCUUGGAGAGCAUAACGUGAAUGUGAGCUUCAUGAGUGUUGGAAGAAGUGGUAAGAAGGGCAAGGCAAUAAUGGCAAUUGGGGUGGAUGAAGAACCUGAUAAGGCUACCCUCAAGAAAAUAGGGGAGGUGCCUGCAAUUGAUGAGUUUGUCUUCCUUCAUCUUUGAAGGGUUGUGUUGCUGCAUUUUCAUUAUCAAGGCCAGGGUUUCCAUAUAUAUAUAUAUAUAUAUAUAUAUAUGUGUGAUGUGACAGCCUCAAACUGCCUGCUAAUCACAUGCACAAGCUGAAGAAAAUAUGUUCUAGAUUGAUGAUAAAAGGUCAAAAAAAAAAUACAUGUACAAAACUGCUAUUCAUCCAGAUAUGGUAGAGCGCAGUCAUUUCCUACC